AUGGGUUCUUAUAGGUGCCAAUGUGAUAAAGCAACAAGUAAUAGUAGCUUCUAUCCGCAUAACUGCAGCAUGUGUAGAAUGACUUGUUCAAAAGGUGGAUUUUGUGUAAUAGGACCUGACUUUAGGGAAUAUUGCAAGUGCCCACCCCCUGAAAUAGAUCCAUACUGUUCCGGUGCAGCUCUCCCAUUAAAUACAAUUCUUGGUGCAGCCGUGGCUGCCGGUGCGAGUGUUAUAAUUAUAUCCUUAAUCGUGGGUUAUUUUUUCUAUCAACGGCAUCAAAGUAGGCUAAGGAUUACAAGACAGGAUUACAAGCGCGAUCAAAGCAUAAUCGCAGCUUGUACCAACAAAGCAGCAACAGUGUUUACUUAUUUUAUUACUGCAGGUACUUUUACACAAAUGAUACGUGAUUGGUUCAUAACCUGGAUUGUUGAAAUUCAUAGUGCUAUCGUACCGUAG